UUACUUACUCUUCGUCUUCUCGGAAUCAAAAACCCACACCGAUCGCUGAUUCUUGCGAUUUCAAUCGAUCAAAGGCGACGAUGUCUCUCAGACCUGGCGCGAAGACGGAGGCCAGACGUAACCGGUACAAAGUGGCGGUCGAUGCGGAGGAGGGACGGCGGAGGCGAGAGGAUCACAUGGUUGAGAUCAGGAAGAACAAGAGGGAAGAGAAUCUGCAGAAGAAGAGACGCGAGGGAAUCUCGGCCGCGGCACAAACGGAGCAGGAUCUUACUUCUGAGAAGAGAUUGAUAGAGAAUCUACAGGGGAUGGUUGCUGGAAUAUGGUCAGAGGAUUGCAACUUACAACUUGAGACGACCACUCUCUUGCGGAAACUGCUUUCAAGGGAGCAUUAUCCUCCUAUCAAUGAUGUUAUACAAUCUGGUGUUGUUCCUCGCGUUGUGACUUUCCUUUCAAGGGCUGAGUUUCCCAAACUUCAGUUUGAGGCAGCUUGGACGCUCACCAACAUUGCUUCAGGGACAUCAGAGAAUACGAAUGUCAUCAUUGAAAGUGGUGCUAUCCCUAUAUUCGUCCAUCUUCUCAGCUCCCCUAAUGAGGACGUCCGCGAACAAGCUGUUUGGGCAUUGGGAAACGUUGCUGGAGACUCACCAAAGUGCCGUGAUUUUGUGUUAAGUUUCGGUGCCAUGUUGCCUCUGCUGUCUCAGUUCAAUAAGCAUGCAAAGCUUUCAAUGCUUAGGAAUGCUACAUGGACUUUAUCAAACUUCUGCAGAGGGAAGCCUCAGCCUUCAUUUGAACAGACAAGCCAAGCUUUACCAGUUCUUAAGAGCCUUGUGCAAUCAACAGAUGAAGAAGUUCUCACUGAUACAUGCUGGACUCUGGCACACCUCUCGGAUAACACAAAUGAAACUGUACAGGCGGUUAUCGAUGCAGGCGUUGUCCCUCGCAUCAUCCAGCUCUUAACUCAUACGUCGCAGGCAGUGCUGAUUCCUGCUCUUCGUACCAUUGGAAAUAUUGUAACCGGCGAUGAAGUACAGACGCAGACGGUUGUGGACCAUCAGGUGCUUCCUAGUCUUUUGGUCCUCGUUACAGACACGUACACGAAGAGUAUCAAGAAGGAAGCUUGCUGGACUAUCUCAAACAUAACAGCUGGGAAUUCAAAUCAGAUACAAGCAGCGAUUGAAGCAGGUGUCAUUCAGGUUCUUGUUUGGGUGCUCCAAAACGCAGAGUUCGAAUUGAAAAGGGAAGCUGCUUGGGGAAUCUCAAAUGCUACUUCUGGUGGCACUCAUGAUCAAAUCAAAUUUAUGGUGAGCGAAGGGUGUAUCAGACCGAUAUGCGAUCUUCUAACCUGCCCGGAUCCAAGAAUCAUAAUGGUUUGCUUAGAAGCGUUGGAGAACAUUCUGAAGGUCGGAGAAGCAGUGAAGAGCUCGGGUCUGACAGGAGACGAGAACCUCUUCGGUACACUGGUAGAGGAAGCAGGAGGACUUGAGAAGAUUGAGAAUCUUCAGAGCCACGACAACGAUGAUAUAUACCAGAAAGCUAUGAAAAUCCUUGAAAAGUUUUGGACUGAAGACGACGAUGAGGAAGAAGGCAACAAUGAGAUCCUUGAUAUUACUCCUCCUGAUCAAUUCAACUUUAUCUGAAGAACGUAUCGAAACGGUGUUAACGUGAAGUAGAAGAAAUCCCCUCGCUCGUCUUCCUCUCCAUGCUCGCUCCUCACAUCUCGUGGAUAUGAUAGAAACAACAUUAUUUCAUGUUGGGUGUUUUUCAAUAACGAACGGAAACUAAAAGUUCAUAUGAUUGAUCUGUUAUUAGCUUGAAUAGGUCUUGGAUUCUAAUAAGAGCACGUUUUUGAGUAAUGGUCAAACUUUUAGACAUAU